CGUCCAUAAUAUCCCUUCACCACAAACUAGCCAAAAAUAGCGCGGGAAUUUCAUCCCUCUCAAAUCCUCCUCCAGCCCCCCACCCACUCACAAUUCUCGAUUUGGAACCCGACAAAGCUCAAUCAAACGAAAGCAAAAGAAAUGGGAGGUCGUGAUUUGGAGUUGGAGAGAGCUCGAUUUCUAAGCUUGGCUUUGGAGUUUGGUUUCGAUGAAGAAUCUGCAAACAAAUGCCUAGACCGCUUGAUUUCUCUCUAUGGUGAUGAUGGCCAAGAUUUUAUCACAGUUGAGUGCUGUGGGGAUGAUUUUCUUGUGGCACUGGCUGAAUCUAUGCAAGACACUGAGGACUGGGGUGAUGAUGAUUUACAAAUUAUUGAAUCAGAAGCUUGUGGAACUUUAACUAACAUGUUUGAGGAACAUGUUGUAAAGAACAACAAUAAAGCAAAUGAUGAUGAGAACUCGAGAACCUACAUAGAUGUUACUGAUGAUUCACCUGAACCUAAAAAGACAAGGACUUUUAUGGAAUUGGAUUCUUCGAGUGAUAGUGAAGAAGAGCCAGAUUUUAGUUUGGAAGAGGAAAAUCAUGAUUUAUUUACCCCCUUGACUAAACGAAUUUCAGGAUCUUUGGACUGUAAAAGCAGUGUUACUCAAGGUUCAGUUUCCUCAGUUGGCAAUAAAAAGCAAUGUCCCAGGAUGUCAAAAGAUGACCAUCGGAGUCUCAAUUAUGAAGAAUUACAGGCUUUGGAUGACUUUGAACUAGCAAACGUUGUAAUAUUUGGCAACAAGACAUUUCGUCCAUUGCAGCAUCAGGCUUGUAAAGCAACUGUGGCAAAGCAAGAUUGUUUUGUUCUUAUGCCUACCGGAGGCGGUAAAAGUCUAUGUUACCAGCUUCCUGCAACUCUGAAACCUGGUGUUACAGUGGUCAUAUCUCCCUUGCUUUCCCUCAUUCAGGAUCAAAUUAUCACACUGAACCUCAAGUUUGGAAUACCAGCAACUUUUUUGAACUCUCAACAAACUUCUGCCCAAGCAGCAGCUAUCCUCCAAGAGCUAAGAAAGGACAAGCCAUCAUGUAAGCUCUUAUAUGUGACUCCUGAAAGGAUUGCUGGGAACCCAGCAUUUCUUGAAAUACUGAAAUGUCUGCAUCUGAAGGGACAAUUAGCAGGUUUUGUUGUUGAUGAAGCACAUUGCGUGAGCCAGUGGGGACAUGAUUUCCGUCCAGACUACAAGAGAUUAGGAUGUCUAAAGCAGAAUUUUCCGGUUGUCCCUGUUAUGGCGCUGACUGCCACAGCAACCCAUUCAGUUCGUGAGGAUAUCUUAAAAACUUUAAGAAUUCCAAGGGCUCUUGUCUUAGAGACAAGCUUCGAUAGACCAAAUUUGAAAUAUGAAGUGGUUGGGAAGACCAAAGAAUCGCUGAAGCUGCUUGGAGAUCUUCUAAGGGAUCGUUUCAAGAAUCAGUGUGGAAUAGUAUACUGCCUUUCAAAAAAUGAAUGUGUUGAGGUCUCGAAGUUUUUGAAUGAGAAAUGUAAGAUUAAGGCAGUUUAUUAUCAUGCUGGUUUGGGAGCUCGCCAAAGAGUUGAUGUUCAGAGGAAGUGGCACACAGGCGAAGUCCACAUUGUAUGUGCUACUAUUGCGUUUGGAAUGGGAAUAGAUAAACCAGAUGUUCGCUUUGUUAUCCACAAUACAUUGUCUAAAUCAAUUGAAAGCUAUUAUCAAGAAUCUGGAAGGGCUGGAAGAGACAGUCAUCCUGCUACAUGCAUUGCUCUAUAUCAGAAGAAGGAUUUCAGUCGGGUUGUAUGUAUGUUAAGGAGCGGACAGGGUUAUAAAAGGGAAAGCUUUAAGCCAGCAAUGGCUCAAGCUCAGAAGAUGAAAAGCUAUUGUGAGCUCAAGGUUGAAUGUAGAAGACAAGUUUUACUUGAACACUUCGGAGAGUCUUUUGAUCAAAAGGCCUGCAAAUUUGGCUCUAAUCCCUGUGAUAACUGUCUCAAGACUACCUUGUGAGCAUGUUUCCAUUUGUCUUCACCAGGGCAUUUAAUCCUCUGGCCAUCACUAGGAUCUAAGCUAUUUCUUUCCCCUCCUAUAGCCAUGCCAAAAAACCCCACUAGCUCCAAGAAUCAGACCCUCCAUGAUCUCCGAUGUGAAACCCUGUCACGGGCUCUUGGCUUGGCUGACUCCCUCAAGAUACCCUUGUCUCAGGAAUGUUUUUCAAUCAACUAUGUAAUCAUUGCACAGAUAGUUUAGAACUUAUUGAUGUUAAGGUUAUGUAGCAUGAUACAUUUGCAUGAA